AUGUCGCAGAAAGUGCAGCAACACCAGUUUCCUCAUUUUUAUUGCUGUUAUCUGCUACAAUCAAUAAACAAGAGGCAAUCAUUCUACAUAGGAUCUAGCCCCAACCCAGUACGACGUUUGAGACAACAUAAUGGGAAACUAACCGUAGGAGGAGCGUAUCGAACUAAACGUGACGGUUCAAGGCCAUGGGAAAUGAUAAUGCUUGUGCGAGGGUUCCCAAGUAAGAUUGCAGCUCUACAGUUUGAACAUGCAUGGCAACAUGGUUAUCAGACGCAUUAUAUAGCCGAAAAAGAUCGUAUAGUAAAGCACAAAGCAGGGGGAAGAACUCUACAUCAUAAAACUGCACUAAUGAAGUUACUUUUAAGGCAUGAAUAUUUUCAAAGGAUGAACCUAGCUGUCGAAAUUUUCAAUAUCAAAGCUUGGGAGAUUUGGAAGCAGGAUAAGUUCAUGAUUGAAAAUGAAACAUUUAAGAUAAAUGUGCAGAGAAGUGAAAAUGCCUUGGAAGAGCCGAAGGGAAAAACCGUAGAUAUUCUCAUGGACCAUAGUGAUGAGAACCUAAAAGUGGUAGAAAGUAUUUACACCAAGGUCAUUGAAGAAGAAAAAAAAAUAUUCGAAUUGUUUGAAAAGAAAUUAACUACUGGAGUAGUACAAUGUGGAAUCUGUGAGAUGAAAAUUGACUACACCUGUGAAGAACAAAACUUGAAACCAUACAUUGCAUUUUGUAAUAAUAAGGACUGCGGAAUUAUCAACCAUUUGAGAUGUCUUCACAGGUAUUUCUUAGAUGAUGAACAAAUAAUAGUGGGGAAAAGAAACUUGAUACCAAGAAGUGGGAAAUGUCCGAAUUGUGAUAAAAUUUGCAAAUGGACAACACUAGUUAAGUUCUCUACAAGAAUGAAGAUAGCACACGGGCAGUAA